AUGUUUACACCUCUCCCCUCAACCUCGGAGACAGAGACAGAGGCUCCCCCACGAGUCAGCAUCCCCUCCUACCUCCUCCAAGACAUUUUUACCCACCUUGACCUCUACGACAUCAUUGCCUGCCAGCAGGUAUGCCGCCUCUGGAACGAUAUCUUGCAGACCCGCCGGUCUCUUCGCAGCAAGCGCUUCCUCGUGUCCACCCACCUCCUGCCCUCUCCGCCGGUGGAGAAAUACACGCUACACCCCGUUUUUGGGCUAAUUCAUUUCUCGCCCUCACUGUGCGUCGCAGACACGACCUUAGGGCGCCGCGGUGAUGGGCCAGCAGCGCUGUUGAAGGGCUCUCCGGUAUGCGCGCAGUAUGCGACAGACCCACCGACGGCCUGGGCAGCGUUCGAGGUGCUGAAAUUCCAUCCAUACUGCGUAGUCGAGAAUUCGGCGGGCGUGACGGUAUGGGAUGUGAUGGUGGCGCUGGCAGAAUAUAAGAUGAAGGAAGCCAAGAUUAGCUUUGGAACAUUCUUUGGGUCAACGAUCUGCUCCAAGAGGAACUAUGACCGUUCAAGGAGGAUGCGGCAUGUGGACUUCUUGGGGACGGAGAGUGUGUUCAUCGAUUUUAGCGGGAGAGACGAGAGGGAUCCUAGGGUGUUUAUUGGUACGUCAUUUGAGGCGAGGGGCGGCUUGAAGAAGGGGAAGUUGUUUAAGUUUUGGAGCGCUAUUGCGUUCUGCGAUGAGGUGAAAACAUAG